AUGGCGAAAGGCGUCAGCUUAAUCCCGUUGGUAAUCCUCUUCAUAGUCGUCGGAGCCCUCGCCUUCAUCGGCUACCAAAUCUUCCUCUGGUCCGGCGAACUCUCCGAACGCGGUAAAAAGAAGAUGGAAAAGAAACAUAUGACGUUCAAGGAUGGAGGGUUACAAGUUGGGGUGAAAGAUCGUUCGGCGGAGAAUGCGGCGGAUAAGACACAACGUGUCCUAGUAAGCGCAUGGCAGAAUUCGGAAUUACCUGCGUAUAAAUCACGAUUGGGAUGGAAUAGCACGUACCAGGAUCCUAACAAGAAGGGAGCUUCGUCGCCUUCUUCUUCGCAUUCGAGUGCUACGUCACCGGUAUCUGGUGUGCCAGGUUCGAGAGCAGAGCAUAGGCCUGGAGCGAGCAGGAUUCCGAGCACGCCUGGAUCGUUCUAA